AUGAAGACCUUUCGACUGGUUCCCUUGGUGCUGGCAGGAAUCUGCGGAUACAUUCACACAGUAAUAAACCGAAGAUUCGAUGAAAUAGGGGACUUGUUGCAUGCGGGUGGCAAAUCCUUGCUCACUGCCACAGCAGGACAAGCACCAAUACCCAAGCCACCCGCAAGUGCACUACAAUCUGCAUUGGACGAGAGCAUUUCUGGUGGUAGUACUAGUACGAGUGACAGCUUGUUACAAGGCGUCAAUCACAAACGCAUGCUGAAUAUUGAAAUGCUGCAAGGACCCGCCGUGGAUGAAUUGGAUCAAGAAAAUGUCGAAUUCCCAUGGCUCCAACCGAAAAAGGGAACGCUGCAAGCCAUUAGUCCAGAGUACGAUGACACAUUGUUACAGUAUACUCUCAAUUUACUCCCACAUCAUUUGGAAGGCAGUACCGCAAACAAAAUCAGCAGCGACAGUGCAUCCGCCAAAAAAGACGAAGAUCCACCGGCCGAUGACGACGAGGACGAUUUGCUGCACCCCAAACCCUACGAAUUCAAUCAAGUUGACAUUAUUGUCCCAGCAUCCGGUCAAGAUGAUCGACUGCGGCUGUUUGCCGAUCGAAUGGGGGUGGCAUUGUCCAAUUUUGAAAUGUGGUACGAGACGGAACGACGGCCGGCUGUCCUACGAACACUCAAACAGGAACAAGAGAAUGAACUGGCUGCCGUAGAAGAAGGCAAAGACGUCAAAACGGGCAGUGAUUUUCAACCCAAUUUCGAGUUGAAAUUUCGAGUACUCAUUACGCGAUAUCCUGCCGACGUUCAUGAAACAGACAAUGAUGACGAUUUCCAAGCUCUCCACGAGGAUCUGGCCAAACGAAUGACGUUGCCCAAGGAACAAGUGGUGCUUGUGCGGGUAGGAUUCAAUGAUGAAGAGCAUCCACUCAAAUUCAAUCGGGCACAUGCACGGAAUGCCUUGCAUGAAAAUGCCUGUGUAGAAGAUACGUGCAUUGUUACGGCCAUGGAUGUCGACAUGCAGGUCUUGCCCAUUUUCUUUCAUCGAGCUCUACGGAGUGUCAAGCCGUACACCAAAGCGUAUUUUCCCAUUGUCUUUUCCGAAUUCAAUCCCGAAACGGUCCAACUGGUCCAAGACUUUUUAUAUCCUUCCAAUACCAAAACAGGCGACAAUGAACCACAAAUGCUUCCACCUUUUUCGCGGCAUCGUGGCUUGUGGCGCGAUUUUGGAUAUGGCAUGUACGUCUUGACGGGUGGCGAUGCCAAACGAUUCCGAUUCAACGAAGAGCAUCAAGGUUGGGGACACGAAGACAAUGACUUUUACAAAUUGGUACACAACAGUAUGCGGGUCGAUCGACAACGAGAACACGGUCUCAUUCAUGGAUGGCACCCCAAAAAUUGCAAUGUUGGCAAGGAUAUCGUGACGCAACAGCAGUGGGUGGAUUGCUUGAAUUCGCGAGACGUCAUGGAGGGAUCCAUAUUGGGCUUGCUCCUGCUGCCGGCAAAGAAACCACCCAACAAGGAAGACUUUCCUGGUCUCGCCAAGAACCAGAAAGACUCAAAGCAUCAGCACGACUACGAAGACGAUCUUUUACGAGAAAUGGCACACGAAAGGAGCAAAUCCAGGAUGUUUCAAGCUGACCUAGAUCAUUCUAUGCGAGAAAUGGCGCGAGACGGCAAACACGAUAUGUCGGACGUGAUGUUGGAAAAGAUGGCAGCUGCUAAAGCUGGUUUGGAUAGUGGAGCAAUUCACAGGAAGAGGAUCCAGCAGUUGAAAGAACUCGCCCACCCAAGCGACAAAAAGACUGAUGAAGGCGCCUCGAAACAGGCUGACGACAACGACGAGGAAAAACAGGCUGCCGACAAGGAAGGUGACAAAAAAAAAGACGAGGAGAAAGACACGAGCAACGCAAAUGAUGGCGAUGCUAACGAAGGAGGAGAAAAAGAAGACGAAGAUGAUAGUGAGGACGACGAGGAUGACAAGGAGGGCGGCGCUGAGGACGACGAAGACAAAUCCAAACAAUCUGUUGUGACAGGGGCGGAAGAAGCUGCAACACGGAUGCGGCGAAAGACGCUGGAGGGACGCCAGGAGGAGAAGAAACGAUAUAUCAACAAAAAGCAACGGAUACAGUAA